UCGGAAUGUGACAAAAACGACAUAAAUUCUUAGUCAAUUUACUUUUAUUUAUUUCAAAAUGUAUAAAGGGUUUUCCAGAAUAUUAGCCCUUCAUAAUGUAGAAAAAUUACAACUUAAUGUAUCAAAUCUCAGAUGUAAUAUCUUGUGCGCCCGUAAACUCAAACCCGCCGGUAUAGGUUAUAUUUUGGUAAGAACUAAAAAACAUGAUCGGAAUCCUUCUGCUUUAUUUGUGCCAGUGCCAGUGAAACCAAACUCCGAUGACAUAAACAUUGGGGAAGAAUUUACAGGACGUCUAAAAAAACAAGACCUGUUAAAAAUUCUUAACAAAUUUUACCAAAAACCUGAAAUCAGAGUGCUUGCUUCAGAAAAUGGAUUGGAUGAUCAAUUGUUACAUCAAGCUUUCCUUUCAUUCAGACGGCAUUGUUUAGAACAUGAUUUACCACCAGACUUACAUAUUACGAUCAGUGAUAUACUUCAAGGUGCAGGACAUGUUGAUGAUUUGUUUCCAUACUUCUUGAGGCAUGCAAGACGAGCAUUUCCGCACCUUGACUGUUUGGAAGACUUGAAAAAGAUAUCAGAUUUGAGAACACCAGCAAACUGGUAUCCUGAAGCUCGAAGUAUGGAUCGCAAAAUUAUAUUUCAUGCAGGUCCCACAAAUUCAGGAAAAACUUAUCAUGCAAUGGAGAGAUUCCUAAAAUCGAAAUCUGGUGUGUACUGUGGUCCCUUAAAGUUACUAGCGACUGAGAUAUAUCAUAAAUCAAAUAAAAGUGGCACACCCUGUGAUCUGGUAACAGGAGAAGAAAGAAGGCACGCUUCAUUAUACAACACCUUAAUAAAUGGUACAGAUGAUAAUGACAUAGAGACAUCAGAUGUCGAACCUUAUUUGUUAGAAGAAACCGAAUUAACACCGUCUGGUCAUGUUGCAUGUACAGUUGAAAUGACUUCUCUAAAUAAUAAGUAUGAAGUGGCAAUCAUAGAUGAAAUACAAAUGAUAGGAGAUAGAGGAAGAGGGUGGGCAUGGACUCGAGCUAUAUUAGGUUUACAAGCAGAUGAAAUACAUUUAUGUGGGGAGGCAGGUGCAAUAAAUCUCAUUGAAGAAAUUUGUAACACAACCGGUGAAGAAAUGGAGGUUCGUUCGUACAAAAGAUUAACACAGCUAAAAGUCGAAGAUACCGCUUUAGGAUCAUUAGACAAUGUUCAGCCCGGAGACUGUAUUGUGUGUUUCAAUAAAAACGACAUUUACAGUGUAAGUCGAGCCAUUGAACAGAGAGGACAUGAGGUAGCAGUUAUCUAUGGCAGUUUACCACCAGGUACUAAAUUAGCUCAGGCCAACAAGUUCAAUGACCCGGAGAGUUCGUGUAAAGUUAUGGUUGCGACAGACGCCAUUGGACUCGGUAUAAAUUUGAGCAUCCGGCGGAUAAUCUUUUACUCAUUAAUCAAACCGGUAAUUAAUGAAGACGGUGAGAAAGAGAUGGACGUUAUCAGUAUAUCACAAGCGUUGCAGAUUGCAGGUCGGGCCGGUCGCUAUGGCAGCGCGUGGGAGACCGGCCACGUGACCUCCUACCGGCCCGAAGACCUCGCGACGCUGAAGAUGCUGCUGUCCCAGCCGCCCGAGCCGGUCACGCAGGCCGGCCUGCACCCCACCUCCGAGCAGAUGGAGCUGUACGCCUACCAUCUGCCCCACGCCACUCUCAGCAGUCUGAUGGACAUAUUCGUUCACUUGUGCACGGUCGACGAUUCGCUCUACUUCAUGUGCAACACGGAGGGGUUCAAGUUCUUAGCGGAGAUGAUACAGCACGUUCCGUUGCCGCUGCGGGCGCGCUACGUGUUCUGUUGCGCGCCCAUCAAUAACAAGCUACCGUUCGUUUGUGCCACCUUCCUGAAAAUGGUGAGGCAGUACAGUCGCAACGAGCCCAUCACCCGGAACUGGCUGAGCGGCACGGUGGAGUGGCCGCUGCCCUCUCCUAGGACAAUACUCGACCUCGUGCACUUGGAAUCUGUCUUUGACGUCCUAGAGCUUUACUUGUGGUUAAGCUAUCGAUUUCCGGACAUGUUUCCGGACGUGAAAUUAGUUCGUGACAUGGAGACUGAAUUAGACGCUAUCAUUCAACAAGGAAUUUUCCAAAUAACUAGGUUACUAAGAAAUUCUGAACAGAUGAUCCGCGAUGAGGACAGCGGCUUUGCGAUCGGCCACGGCAGCAAGAGGGUCAAUAAGAUGCUGGCCGGACAAUCAAUGGGCGAGGAGAAGGGAAAAUUGUCGGAAUUACUAGUUGCCAGGGGACUCAUAACGCCGCAGAUGUUGAAGAAACUUCAGCAAGAACUCUCCACCGACAAGAAGAUAGACAGAACGAAAAAGAAUAGGAACAGAAGGAAAUAAAUUGUGGCAUAGCGUUGUAAAUAAUUUUAAUUAUGUUGUUGAAUGAAUGUGCGAUUAAAACGUUUUACGAAA